GGGAGCAGGCAAGAUGGCGCCCGGCGAUUGAUUCUCCUCAGAUCCCUCCAACGGCUGCUGAGACACCGGGGUGGGGGGUCCUGCCCCCACUGCCUCCCUUCCUCCUCGCCACCGUCCCCGGAGGCCUUCUCCUUCCCUUCUUCCCUCCACCUCGGGGGGUGGGCCUGGUUCCCGGGACACCAUGUCGGACUCUGAGGAGGAGAGCCAGGACCGGCAACUGAAAAUCGUCCUGCUGGGGGAUGGCACCUCCGGGAAGACCUCCUUAGCUACGUGUUUUGCUCAAGAAACUUUUGGGAAACAGUACAAACAAACUAUAGGACUGGAUUUCUUUUUGAGAAGGAUAACAUUGCCAGGAAACUUGAAUGUUACUCUUCAGGUUUGGGAUAUAGGAGGGCAGACAAUAGGAGGCAAGAUGUUGGAUAAAUAUAUCUAUGGAGCACAGGGAAUCCUCUUGGUAUAUGACAUUACAAAUUAUCAAAGUUUUGAGAAUUUAGAAGAUUGGUAUACUAUGGUGAAGAAAGUGAGCGAGGAGUCAGAAACUGAGCCACUGGUUGCCUUGGUGGGCAAUAAAAUUGAUUUGGAGCAUAUGCGAACAGUAAAACCUGAAAAACACUUACGAUUUUGCCAGGAAAAUGGCUUUAGUAGCCACUUUGUCUCAGCCAAGACAGGAGAUUCUGUCUUCCUGUGUUUUCAGAAAGUUGCUGCUGAAAUCCUUGGAAUCAAAUUAAACAAAGCAGAAAUAGAACAGUCACAGAGGGUGGUGAAGGCAGAUAUUGUAAACUACAACCAGGAACCUAUGUCAAGAACUGUUAACCCUCCUAGAAGCUCUAUGUGUGCAGUUCAGUGAGCACAUUUUUCUUUUGUAUUGAUAGUUCUGGCUGCCCUUCACCCCUGAGUGGGCCCAGGACUUCUAGGAACUUGUUUUAUCAGUGACCAUCUCUGUAGUUCAGUUAACACUUUCCAACUAACUCCCUUCAUUAUUAAGUGUUGCCUCACAGUGCAGGCAGCUCCUUGGACUGGAAAGAAUUCAACUUCAGGACCACACACUUUGAAUUCAAAAUGGAAGGCCCAUUCUCUGGAAUUAGACUGCUUUAUUGAAAAGGAAUGAUGGUUCUCUUUAUGUCCUUGCUUCUUUCUUCUAUGAUGCAAAGUUUUUUAACCAAAUAUGAAAGCUAUGCGAGUCUUGAUCGUCAGCCAGGUUUUUUGCCACAGCAAAGGUUUCAUUCUCUUAUCUGGACUCAUAUAUGUCAAAGUAUACUUUAAAGUGUAAACAUUGAAACAACUCAUAUAUUUUACGUAUAGAUACUUAAGGAGACAUUCUUUUGCUAUCUAUUGUGAGUGAAAAUAUAUAAAGCUGUAUCUAACUGAAAAUGUUUGAAAUAAGGCUGUAAUAGAAAUAUUUUUUCAUUUUUUAGAAAGGGAUAUAAAUUGUUUAUAUUGUAGUUUGCAACUCACAAAGUAGUGAGUAUUCAAUAUUGUAUUUUUAUUACUGUAUCAUGGUCAUUAUGUAAUGUGUAUAUUCAGCUUAGAUGGCUUUAUGAAUUUUGAUAAAUGUUCAGCUGAUGCCCCACGUGGAAUGUCUCUUAUAGACUGCAUAAGAGUACUCCCAGGAUGAGUUAUGACAUACUGUUGGAUCAUUGUGGAUCAGACUGUACCUGAU